AUGGGAGUGGCGCUCUCCAAGGCAGUUCAGUGGAGCAGCUCAGAUGUUGAUAAACUGGAGAACACCCCAUUGAAUGAAGCUAUACUCACUGAAAUCCUGCUCUUCACGGAGCAGUUUGGUGCCAGACACUCACAGGAGGCCAGGCUCAUGUUCAGAGAACCUUUACAAUGGAAAACAUCUCUGGAAGCGUCAGAUUUCAAAACAGAAUAUGACAUCAGUGGUGAAUCAGUCAUGUCCCAGCAGUCUGAUGAGGACGGCCAUCCCCUUCUUCAACUCACUCCACCUGACAUCACAGUUUACACAUUUUACCACCUCUCCAAUCUUCUGCAACUUGCCGAAGACAAAAAGAUGAAGGAGGUUCAGGCCUGUUUGGAGUCUAACAGGAACCCUCUGAUGAAGAUCUUUGGGAACAGCUCCACCACAGUGGAAGGAGAGGACCUGCUGUUUAAUAUUCUGAAGCAGCUGGACACAAAGCUUCUCAGCAUUGCAGUCAAACAGAUCUCCAGAGAGGGCAGGCUAAGCCCAGCAGCUGUUGAUAUGGAGGUAGAUCAGCUGAAAAGUUUUUGUGCAACAGGAGAAAACCGGGUGCUGAAGUCUGUGCGCUACACAUCAGAUUAUGUGUUCUCAAAUGGUUGCCGCUCUCCCCCCUGGAGGCAGAUCGAUGGAGAGAUUUGCUCACUCAUAAUUGAGACCUGUGACACAGAGCCAACACUGUUUAUCACUUGCAGCGCUUCUGGAGUUUUUAUCAAUGAGGGAGUCAAUGGAGAAGGAGGUGAGAACUCUUAUAGGAGGAAAAGUGAUGUCUUCAAAGACCUUGCUACGCUACUGAAAAACAAGUCUCUGCACUUUGCUGAUGCUAUAAAUGAACAGGACUUUGCCAGUCUAGAAGUGCAAUCUACCAAAAAGAUCCUACAUGUGGAAGCAGUUGAUGCUGAGGAAACAGGCCAAACCCUGAGGUCUUACGAUCAUCGAGAAAAAAAUGUGCCUGAGAAGGCGAGACAACAGCUUGUGCGGAACAAGCCAGGCGGUAGGAAGAAGAAAUUAGAACCAUCUUUGAAAUGGAAGAAUCUCGGCCUCACGUCCCCUCAUGAUGUGGGAGAGGAGAAGAAAGCCCGGAAGAGUGGAGAGAGCAAGAAGGUCUUGGAAUAUUGCACAAAGUCACCGGUAUCAGAGAACAAAAAGAAAGCUAAUUUUUCUGGAUCAUCUCUGCCAGGCUGCCAAUCUUCUCAAAAAAUUAAGACCCCAGGUGGAGCUGAUGACUUCAGUGAGAGUUCAUCAGAAGGUGAAGAAGAUGAGGAACAGCCUGACAGACGUGCCGAGACCACAACUGACCUGCCCUCUGAAUAUUGGCAAAUCCAGAAACUUGUAAAAUACCUAAAGGGGGCUAAUCAGACAGCCACAGUGAUUGCUUUGUGCUCAUUGAGAGACUUUAACCUGGUCCAGGAGACCUGUCAGCUAGCUAUCAGAGACGUGGGGGGGCUGGAGGUCCUCAUCAACCUGCUUGACACAGAUGAGAUCAAAUGUAAAAUUGGUUCUCUGAAGAUCUUGAAGGUGAUCAGUUGCAACUCUCAGAUUCGACGGGCCAUCGCUGAUCUGGGUGGUUUGCAAACCAUGGUAUCUAUCCUGGAUUCCCCUGACAAAGAACUCAAGUGCCUGGCUGCAGAGACCAUUGCCAACGUGGCCAAGUUCAGAAGGGCCCACAGGAUGGUCCGACAGCGUGGUGGCAUCAAGAGACUGGUGGAGUUGCUGGACUGCGUUCCUGAUUGUGUGUCUCUGAGCACAAAGCAGGAGAGGGACGUGGAAGUGGCACGCUGUGGGGCUUUGGCUCUCUGGAGCUGCAGCAAGAGCACCAGAAACAAGAAGGCCAUACGACGGGCCGGGGGAAUCCCUCUGCUCGCACGACUGCUCAAAUCACCACAGAAGAACAUGCUCAUCCCUGUAGUUGGAACUCUGCAGGAGUGUGCUUCUGAGAGGAGCUACAGAAUUGCUAUACAGACUGAGGGCAUGAUUGAGGAUCUGGUGAAAAACCUCAGCUGUGACAACCAAGAGCUCCAAAUGCACUGUGCCAGCGCAAUCUUUAAGUGUGCAGAAGAUAAACGUACCCGUGAUCUGGUGAGGCAGUACGACGGGCUGAAGCCACUGGUCAUGCUACUCGGAGAAGCUGAAAACAAGCAGUUACUAGCCGCCACAACUGGAGCCAUCUGGAAAUGCUCCAUCAGCAUGGAAAACGUGGCUAAGUUUCAGGAGUAUAAGGCUCUGGAGACUCUGGUUGGUCUGCUCACAGACCAACCUGAAGAAGUGCUUGUUAAUGUGGUGGGGGCUCUGGGAGAAUGUGCCCAAAUACCUGAGAAUCUUGCCACCAUCCGCAAGAGCGGCGGUAUCCAGCCCUUGGUCAACCUACUCAGCGGCACCAACCAUGCCCUUCUAGUCAAUGUCACAAGGGCUGUGGGAGCCUGUGCCAAUGACCCUGCAAACAUGGUGAUCAUUGAUCGUCUUGAUGGUGUGCGUCUUCUGUGGUCUUUGCUGAAGAACCCCAAUCCAGAAGUUCAGGCCAGUGCUGCCUGGGCCAUCUGCCCCUGCAUCGAGAAUGCAAAGGAUGCUGGGGAAAUGGUGCGUUCUUUUGUGGGUGGUUUGGAACUCAUUGUUAAUUUGCUGAAAUCGCCCAAUAUAAACGUUCUGGCCAGCGUGUGCGCAGCCAUUGCCAAAAUCGCCAAAGAUGUGGAGAACUUGGCAGUUAUUACAGACCAUGGAGUGGUUCCCAUGCUGGCCAAUCUCACCAACACUGUGGACGAUAAGUUACGGCGGUACCUAGCAGAAGCCAUCACCUGCUGCUGUACUUGGGGGAGGAAUUGUGUCUCAUUUGGGGAGGCUGGUGCUGUAGCCCCUCUGGUGCGCUACCUUUGCUCAAAAGACCCUGCAGUGCACCAGGCCACGGCCCGGGCUUUGUUUGAGCUUUCUAAAGACCCUGAAAACUGCAUUACCAUGCACGAAAAUGGGGUUGUCAAGCUCCUGCUCGUCAUGAUUGGAUCCACGGAUGAGAUUCUACAGGAGGCGGCAGCCAGCUGUGUGGCCAACAUUCGUCACCUGGCACUAGCCAAUGAGAAAGCUAAAUAUGGGUAACAGAUAUAGUCUUCCUCCCAACCUGUUGCUGUGCCCUCAACCACAAUAAAAUUUUCCACCAAAUUUGUUACUUUACCCCCCAGUUACACUAGGUAAGGGUACCCAAUCAGUUGGUAUAAAUUAACCAUUGCCCAACCAAUCCUUUUAAGAUGUAACUGCAGUGGAACAGCUGAUUUGAUUGACUGAUGUGUUUAUUUCUAUUUUCUUUUGCUCUGUAAUAUUGUGAAGCAAUUAGUUAGACAUAAACAUGUCAUUAAUUAAUUAUUUGGAGUCUACAUAAACCUGGUCACACACACACACACUUUCCUCAUCACUGCGACUAAUUUUACAAUAACAAUAAACGCUUUCUUCUCCCA